GCUAAUUACCAGUAAAGCGGUUUCAAUAGCAUUUUUAAUGCUGGCCACCAUUAAUGCCGCCUGGGCUGAAUUAGAUUGUGAUUACUUUGAUACAGUUGACUUAAGUGGCAUUCAGCCUGAUUCAAAUGGAUCCUAUUUAUAUGAAAACCUACUUAUACCCGGCGAGUUCACCGGUAAAUAUGAUUAUGAAUUAACGGGAGACGGUGAUGAACGGAUUCAAGUGGCCGAACAUAUACGAGGAUGUGCCUGCAAACUAAAGUCCUGUGUGCGAUUCUGUUGCCACCAUAAUCUAUUGUUAAUAAAUAGCGAGUGUCAAGGCAAUGUGAAUGAGAUAUUGGAGUAUGACCCCAAAUUAAAUAUAACUAUGGAGGAUGGUAGUGUUGCCGAGAAACAUGUCCUCAGCGAGUUUGUUGUACAACGGCAUCUACCUUUGCCUUGCCAGGAAACGGGAACUUAUUAUCUUGAUGAUCACGAUGAAGACUACAAAUGGUCGCUGUUUGAAAAUGGAACAUUUUUGCGUAAAUACGAUGGAGUCCUUUUUAAAAAGAGCCAAUAUUGCCUGCAGCCAUCUGAAUUGAAUAAAGAAAUUCGUCUUGUUCCCCACAAUUGUCAAAUAGCUUCGUCUUUAAAUCUCCAGGCAAAAAUAGCGAUUCCCAUAUCUUUGUUGUCCUUCUUAAUAACAAUCGGAGUGUACUUAUAUUUACCGAAGCUGCGUAAUCUUCAUGGAAAAUGCUUUGCUUGCUAUCUGGGUAGCCUUUUUGUUGGUUAUUUAAUGCUUUUACUGGAUACAUAUAAAGCACUUGUCUCUUACUUUUAUUUGUGUCUUAUAGCUGGUUAUGUGGGAUACUUUAGUAUCUUGGCUGCCUUCUUUUGGUUAAAUGUCAUGAGUCUUGAUCUGUGGAAUUCGUUUCGUGGUACCAAUGACAAUCGUUAUAGGGCAGGAAAUCGCUUUCUCGUUUAUAAUUUAUAUGCUUGGGGCGGUCCACUUUUAUUUACCAUAUUGAUAAGUAUUCUUGAUCAAGUCUUAUCAUCUGAUAAUACUGAUCUUAAUUGGAUUCCCGGAGUCUUCUAUAGUGGAUGCUGGAUUAAAACUUUUGAUUGGUCCGCCAUGGUGUAUUUCUAUGGACCCAUGUUGAUAUUGAUCAUAUUCAAUACAACAUUAUUUAUAUUGACUGCUUUUGAAAUAAUAAAGGUCAAGAAAGAGCUAAGGAACAUAGUGAAGCAUCACGAACGUAAACAAAAACUGAAUUCAGAUAAACAAAGAUACAGCUUCUUUUUACGUUUAUUCUUGUUAAUGGGAGUGUCUUGGAGUUUCGAAAUUGUUUCGUAUUUAGUGCAACACUAUGAUGUAUGGAGUUACAUCUUCCUAAUUGCCGAUAUAUUUCAUUACUCUCAGGGAGGGAUUAUUUUAUUAUUGUUUGUUUUGAAACGAAAUGUUUAUGAAUCAUGCCGCAAUCGAAUCCAAGGAAAAGAAAAAUCAAGUUCAGUACUUUCUCAGUCUAAUCGGGCUCUGCUGAAAAAUAAAUCAUCUACACAUAAGGAAACAUCUGUGUGA